ACAUUAUAAACAAAAAAAAAAAACAUUUUUUAAAAAACAUAAAAAAAAAAAUAACAUUUUUAUUAAUGGCCAGUGGGUCAGAAAGCAUAACCAUUGGAUCUUUUCACGUGGUGGAUCCUGAUGAAACGAUCGCUGACGGAAAGUCUCCAAAGAAAACUGUUUCCAUCGAGUAUGAUGAACUGCAUAAUGAGGAAGAUAACAUAUCAGACGAUGUUCAUAGCGAAGAACCUCAACCAGAGAGUAUACCUCAAAACCCCAUACUUUCAGCGAUAAUGGGAGAAGACCAAGCACCUGAAGGCGAAAUAUCAGAGGAGGUAAAUGAUGAGAAGCUUAAAGUAAAAAGACCGGAAGAAAGCCGUGAAGCAAGGAGAGAACGGUUGAAGAAUGCGCGAAAUAUACGCUUUGUAGUUGACGAGCCGACUGUUCCGAUUGGUAGCCCAGUGGGUUGUGAGAGUCAGGAUGAACCAACCGCUAUUUCUACUCCCACACGAGCGUCGAUUGCAAAUGACUUUGAAAUGAGAACUGAUCAAGGCGAAGAGGUAGACGACGAACCAGCGGAGACCGAAAGUGUUGCAGAUGAAAUGGAGGAAGGGACAAUCGAUGAACUUUUAAAUAUGGAUGACGACGAAGAGGAGGAUAUUGAAGAUCGUAUAAUAAAACCAUCUCGGCAAGUCGAUUCUGUGCAGGCAAAGAAGAUUUUCUUAGAUGACUUCGAGAUCCCCUCAGUCUCAGAUAUAUCCGAGGACUUCGAUGACCUUCGGUCCCCUACUAUGAAAUCAAAAGAAUCGACAGUAUCGAUGCAGCCCGUUGCCAAGGAGGACAAAGGUAGAUUUGUAGAUCCACUCACUGGGUUAAGCGUGACAAGUAGCUCAUCAUCAUCGACAACGGAAGUUUCUGAACCUUCCGAAGAGGACUUUGCUCAGUUGGCCCCCAUAGAUGAGAAGGAUCGUCUAGAUAAAUUUGAUGAAUUGGCCGCGAUCAAAACAACUGUAGUUAUUGCUCCCGACAAUGAAGAUGUCUUUGGAAAAUUUACCAGAGAGUUUCUAACUCCCACGAUAGCAUUCGAUGCACACGAAUAUGAGGAAAAAAUGAGACAACACCAACAAACAUUGAGAAUAACAUUGGAUUUCAUGGACGACCUCAUCUACAUGGUGGUCAAGGAGGUAGAAGACGAGAAACGGGAAAGUAGAUUUAAACAUCAAUUGGAUAAGCGCAAAUUAAUUCUUAAGUUAAUCGAGGCCCGAGACUCGUACCUCUAUGAACGUGAUGUCAACACGUUUCUCAAUGCGCGAAUGUGCGAUUAUUACAAACGUGGUCGAAAUACUCGACCAUUUGCGACACUGCCAAAAUCCACGGAGGCUAGAGAAUAUACCCGGUAUAAACAAGCUCUCUUUACCUAUGAUUAUCACAUCAAUGCGAUGGCCAAGACAAAGACAAAAAGCUCCUAUCUCUUAGGCAGCGUCAUGAUGGAUCUCUCGUAUAUUGAUAAUAUUGGCAGACAGUCUGAGGAACAUCUGGAGCUGGUGAUGCUUAGCAUUCUUGGCAAGAGGUCGGAUUAUCUCUACCGAGUAACGGAACGCGAACUCAAAUUGAUGAGAGAGAAGCGCAAUGAACUCAGCGAUACGCGACGCUUUCUCAUUACUAGGAAACACACGCUGGGAAGAAUUAAGGAAAAACUAGCGAAACUGGAAAAGAUCAAUGAUGAACUUGUGAUGGACGAUUUUAUCAGCAUUCAGAAUCAAGUGACAGCCAUAAACAAAAAGAUUGAAGAACGUAAUGUUGAAUUAAAAAGGCUGCGGUUUACCUAUCACAGCGAAUUGCAUAUAGCUCAGCAUAAUCGGGAGAGAUCCAUCGCCAUGGCCACCAAACUGAAAGAGCACAGUCGCAAAUUGAGCAAAAAACUCGAGAUUCAACGAAGUCUGCGGGAACGUCUCUACAAUGCCAAGAUGGAGCGUUCACGUCUGCGUAAAAAGCACGUUGAUCUUACCUAUCAGGGCGGUCUUCUGGCGAUGCCUGCGCUAAUGCAUGACUACGAUGAGACUGUGGAGAAGGUGAGAACUAAGCAGGCUUUAGUUCAAGAAAUGAAGGAAACUAUUGCACGACUGACGCAACGCAUCGCCGAUUAUAACACACAUUGUCUCUGAUAUGUUUGUUUAAAGCUCAAAUUUUAGUACGUGUAUCUGUAAAUAGUAAAUCGGUAUCUUUUAUUUGUCUGCUUUCUGCAUUCAGU